GAUUUAAGGGGGGCAAGAGAGGCUUCUAGGGAUUUUGUAAUGGCACCCAGUUUUGAUUGCUCAACCUCUAACCUUCUCUGUGCAGAAGACUUGUUUACAAAUGUUGAGUGUGAUGGGGUUGAGGAGGAGUUUGAUGGUGGGGAUGCUUGGCUGAGACAAAACCAUCGUACACUGAAUCAAAAUCAGAGCUUUUAUGGUGUGGAGUUCUUGAUUGAACUUCCUUUGCAAACUGAGGAGUGUUUCAGUUUGAUGGUUGAAAAGGAAUGCCAACAUUUACCGAAAAAUGAUUACAUGAAGAGGUUGCAGAGUGGGGACUUGGAUAUGGGUGCUAGAGGAGAGGCUGUAGAUUGGAUGGGGAAGGUUCAUGCCUAUUACAGCUUUGGACCUUUGAGUGCCUAUUUAUCAAUAAAUUACUUGGAUCGGUUCCUUUCAGCUUAUGAACUUCCUAGUGGGAAAGCUUGGAUGAUGCAGUUAUUAGCUGUGGCUUGUUUAUCUUUGGCAGCCAAAAUGGAUGAAACAGAAGUGCCCAUGUCUCUAGAUUUACAGGUUGGAGAUUCUAAAUUCCUCUUUGAAGCUAUAACAAUUCAGAGAAUGGAACUUCUUGUGUUGAGUACACUCAAGUGGAGAAUGCAAGCUGUGACUCCUUUCUCAUUCAUAGACUAUUUUCUUCGUAAGAUCAACAAUGAAGACCAACCACCACCAAAAAUGUCCAUCUCUCGAGCAGUUCAACUGAUCUUAAGCACAAUUAAAGGGAUUGGCUUCAUAGAUUUCAGACCAUCAGAGAUUGCAGCAGCAGUGGCUAUAUCUGUGUCCUCAGAAAACAAAACAGUGGACAUUGAUAAGGCUUUAUCUUGUUUCAUUCAUGUAGAAAAGGAGAGAGUGUUGAAGUGUCUUGAACUGAUCAAAGAUGUGUCAUUGAUUAAUGGGUCAGUUAAGGUUGGUGCAGCAACUGCUUCGGCUCCAUCUGUGCCACAGAGCCCAAUAGGGGUGCUGGAUGCUGCAUGCUUGAGCUAUAAAACAGAUGUAACAGUUGGGUCAUGUGCAAAUUCUUCUCAUAAUAGUCCAGAAGCUAAGAGGAGGAAACUGAACAGACCCAUUUGAAUUGGAGGAGUCAUGAGGAGUGGGGCUGCUCUCAUUUCUCACUACCCAAAUCAAUUUUAGUUUUGGUUUGGUGGAAUGGGAGUUUUGGUGUGUGUAUGAAGUUGCUCCUUAACAAAAUAAAGGAAAAAAAAGAAAAAAAGAAAAGAAGAGAAAACAGAAAGAGGGAGGAAAAGAAUGAGGAAGGGAUUAUUGAAUAAUCUGAAGUGAGAGAUGGAAUCAGUAGCAAUGUCUCAUGCGUGUGGCAUGAAGGAAACAGUCAUCAGCUGUUUAUGAAGAGAAUUCUCAGUAGUUUAGCA